CGGAGCAUAGAUGUGUGUGAUCUUGUGCUCCAAAGCUGGCAAGAUAUUGUUUCAUAAAGACAGGCAUUUGAGUUCUUGGUUGUCCUGCAGUGUAUUGAAGGAGUUGGUCUUGAGUACAGCUGUUGCAUUGGUGAAAUUAAGGAAAGAAAAAAAGCAACAACAAAAAUGCUGGAAAUGAAACCUUGCUCAACAUUUACUUAAUGCUCAUCAAUGAUUACAAAGUCAAGCACAGUUCAUUCCAAGGCACUCAGAUUAAAUGUUGGGGGAUGACUGAUUAAGAAAGCGACAUUUGGCAUCCAUCUCACUCCAGCAUGUCCCUCUGUGCAUCGUCUCACAAGGAAUGUUCUCAUUUGCCACCAAUUCAAGAUCUCGGAUGUAGUAAAAGAGAAUCCAAAAGCGCCGUCUCUGAGCACAGCUCUCCCAUCCCUUUCAGCUGCAGCCAGGCUGCUCUGACGGUCGAGCACAGCCCCAUCUACAUUCCAUCCUGUUACAUGGAGAACAGACCCGACUACUCGGCCAUGGCUUUCUACAGCCCUUCGAUGAUGAAUUAUAACAUUCCAGGCAAUUUCAGUGAUUCAGAAAAUGCCACUUUAAGGCAGGCAGCAAGUCCAAAUAUGUUGUGGACCAGUCCUGGUCACAUAUCUCCUCUGACAGUACACUGCCAAUCAUCGGUUUUAUAUGCAGAGCAACCGAAAAGCCCUUGGUGUGAAGCCCGACCUGUGGAUCACGUCUUACCUAUGCACAGAGACACCCUGAAAAGAAAAAACAGCAGCAGUGACUGUACCAGUCCCACCACAAACAGUCCUGGUUCAAAAAGAGAUGCACAUUUCUGUGCUGUAUGUAGUGAUUAUGCGUCUGGAUAUCACUAUGGGGUUUGGUCAUGUGAAGGCUGUAAAGCCUUCUUCAAAAGAAGCAUCCAAGGGCACAAUGAUUACAUUUGUCCGGCGACAAACCAAUGUACAAUAGAUAAAAACAGGCGCAAAAGUUGCCAGGCCUGCCGACUCCGGAAAUGUUAUGAAGUAGGGAUGAUGAAAUGUGGUUCAAGAAGAGAGCGUUGUGGGUAUCGUAUCGUUCGCCGUCAUCGCAAUCCAGAAGAUUUGGUGCAUUGUGUAGGCAAAGGGAAAAAGAAUAAUGACAGUAUGAUCCAAGCAAAAGAAGCCUUGGGCAAUGCGCUAAGCCCAGAACAGUUUGUCUCCAUAUUACUUGAAGCUGAACCACCAAAUGUGUUGGUGAGCCGCCCCAACAGGCCAUUUACAGAAGCUUCCAUGAUGAUGUCCUUGACGAAACUUGCAGACAAAGAGUUGGUCCAUAUGAUUGGUUGGGCGAAAAAGAUCCCUGGCUUCAUAGAGCUGAGUCUAUAUGAUCAAGUAAGGCUUUUGGAAAGCUGUUGGUUGGAAGUAUUAAUGGUGGGUCUAAUGUGGAGAUCCAUUGAUCACCCAGGGAAGCUCAUAUUUGCACCAGAUCUUGUGCUUGACAGGGAUGAGGGAAAAUGUGUAGAAGGAAUUUUGGAAAUAUUUGACAUGCUCUUGGCAACAACUUCAAGGCUUCGAGAGCUGAAAUUGCAGCACAAAGAAUAUCUCUGUGUCAAGGCGAUGAUUCUUCUCAAUUCCAGCAUGUAUCCACUGUCAUCUUCUACAGAAGAACCUGAGAGUAACAAAAAACUGAGCCAUCUGCUAAACUCAGUGACAGAUGCCUUGGUGUGGGUCAUUGGAAAGAGUGGGGUCCCUUUACCCCAACAAACAACUCGCUUGGCAAAUUUAUUGAUGCUACUUUCUCAUGUUCGGCAUGCCAGCAACAAAGGGAUGGAGCAUCUUCUUAGUAUGAAGUGCAAGAAUGUAGUGCCAGUCUACGAUUUGUUGCUGGAGAUGCUCAAUGCUCACACUGUCCGCAGUAACAAGAAAACACCCGUCUCCAAUCUUGAGAAUAGCCCAUUGGAACCAACAGAGACAGCAGAUGGAAUUCAGCAGUGAUUUCAUAGAAGUCAAAAUCCAGGAAAUACCCAAAGAAAAAAAGAAUUAAGAAAUAUUGAGAUCAAAACUUUGGAUAUUCGCUGUUAAGCAAACUACAGCAUCUUUACAAUUUUUACUGGACCAUUUGUUAAUCUUUUUCAGACUGAAUGUUGUCUGUCAACUUAGAUGGUUUUAGAAAAGCCCCAUGUGGUUGGAACUGAACAAACAGCUGAUGAUUUAUGGUUUUAUCAAAUGUUGCAUUUCUGGAGUGCCUUCUAGAGGAGACUGUUUAACUGCCAAAACAGCCUUAAGCUUCACGGUAUCCUAGGUAGAUGCCAAUAUAAGCUUUUUUUUUCUUUUUUCUUUUUUUAAAGGAGAACUGGACAACUCAAAAACCUAAGAUCUCACAAAUGAAUAUCUGUCAGGGCAGAAAGAGAGGCAACUUCUGAUAAGAAACUGAGUAGUUUGACAUGACGCUAUUCAUCAAUGCAUCAAGCUGCACAUUUGAGCAAACAGGAGAAACUGCUUGCAUUAAAAAUGCAUGUCGUUCAGCUUAUUAAUUGCAAUGGACAUUAAUAUGUUUUUCCAUUGUGCAAAUGUACUUUAGAUAAGUUGGUAAAGGAGAAUAAUGAGCAGGUCUUCAUAUUUAAUUGCAAAGCCUUGGUUUGGAGCGCUUGUUUCUAGAUUCAUUCUGAAAAAAUGAACUAGAAACAUUUUAAAGCCCCAGUUUGUCUUGACUGUAUUUGAGUUCCAUGUUCAAGUACCUGUGGCUUUAUAUCCUCUUAGACGCUUGUACAAUAUACUGCUAUUGUUGUGAAGGAAUUAUUGCAAUGAAUAUUCAGCAUUUGUGAAUAGUGAUGUAAUAUUUGAAGUACUAAAAAUCAAAAUAAUUAUGGUUAUUUUAUAUGAAUAAGAAGAGAUUCAGGUGUUUACAGACAAACCUGGAAGUACAAAAUUGGAAAUGGAGGACCAAACAGAAUGUGUCUGAUCAACCACCCUAUGCAUGUCCAUGUGCCAAUCCAUCAGCCUUGUCAUUCGUAUUCAUAUAUCCCUACCAGCUUCUCAUUGUAGGAGGCAGCUCUACACAAAUAUGUAAAAGGUAGUCAAAGCUGAUGGCAUAAUUAAGGACAGUUAAGGAAUUGUGCAUGCAUUAUUGUCCCAUAUGAAUACCUAAAUGCAUACAUUAUUCUAAAGCUUGCAGAAUGAUCUGUGACAUAUGUGAGUUUUGCAUGCAAGGGCUUGGGAUAAAGAAGUUAGCCUAGGAAAUGCUCUUAGGAAUGCAAGGUUUAGUAUCCCUGAACCAGACCUGGAAACAGUGGACUGUGCCUGACUGUACUGCUCUUCAUGCUGGGUUAUCUUUAAGAAGUGUCCAGAAACUUCAAAUGAUACAAAAUGGGGCAACUAAACUCAGUAACAGCCACAGUAAGCCACAAUAAUAUAAAAUAGUGAAACACAUGUUCUACCUUUAGGUAGUGAUAUUCAUUUAAGACAAGUGUGUAACUCACAGUAUUUAUAUCAUGACACCAUUACAUGCAUUUGGCCUCUCAUUGAUAGACCUUCAUAACUAGGCUACUAAGUUAGGCACAAUACUGAGAAGAUCUUAUAUCCCUGCUUCCACCCCUUCUUGUUGUCGGUUCUAUUUGGGGUACAAUUAAUAGUUUUUUAUUUUUAAAGUCCUAAACAUCAUUGGAUUUAAUUUCAUCCCCUCCAGUCAUGAAAAUCCAUCCAUUCAUUCUUUCUACAUAUAAACUAUUGUAAGACAGUAAAAUAUAAGCAACAUCUAAAAUAUCCACAUUUUAUACUUAAACAAUCAUAAUUACUGAGAAUAAUUAAAAAAACAAUCACGAUGAAUCAUUUAAAUUAAUUAUACUCGGUUAUAUUAAUUGUACAAAGUUCAGCAGAGAACGCCCCCUUAAAGAUGCCCCUCCUUUCCAAGGUUUGUAUGUUGGACAUGUGAGAAAAGGCUUCCUUGCUGUUUCUCAACCUUUGGAAUACCGUCUCAUGUUUGAUCUCUUCCUCCUUCAGCUUUUAGGAAAGGAGUCCAGACUUUUCUCUGUAAUCAGCCCUGUUCUGUCUCAAACAGUUAAUAAUUAGUUCAAAUCAGUGUUGGGAUUCAGCCAGUUUGCACCACUUCGGCAGAACUGGUAGCUAAUUUUUUGUUGGCCAGGCCCAGAAUGGACUUCCAGAAGUGGCAUCCACAUAUUUGUUCACAUAUUUGAAUCCCACCACUGGUUCAGAUGGUUUAAAUCACAUUUUAACUGUUUGUUACUUUUUGAUUGUUAACUUGAGAACCCCCAGGCUACAAAGAGGGAAAAGUUAACAACUACCCUGAUAAUAGGAAAGUCAUGUAACAGCUGCCUGAUUUCAAUUGGACAACACAGACUAGAAAUUUUCUUUUUUGGGGGGUGGGGGAAGAGGAUAGCCAUUGAUAGGGACAUUUCCCCAAUUAACAUUUCAUUCCCAAUGGGAAUCUGUGUGGUCACAGCUGCCAGGAACCACUGGAAUUCAGUAAAGUUUCUGCAAAUAGUCCAUGUGAAAAGCACCAUAGAUAAGUAAUGACAAAAAUUAUGUGAGACUGCCAAAUCUUGGAGUUUUAAGCAAUUAACUACUUUAAAAUUGAAUAAUGAGAAUUAAUUGGGAGGAGAGAUCUUAACAGAUACUUGAGAAGAUUGUGAAUGCGGUUUGAGGCUCCCAUGUUGCUGACCUUGGGUUUAUUCAAUGGUCUUUUAUCAGCUUUUUAUUUCAAUGUAGCAUUUUUUUUAUUAUGGAGAGUUGUUUGUGAGUUAAUGUUGUUUUCUGGUGACUGUCUGGACAAGUCCCUGCCAUUUUCUUGGCAAAGUUUUUCAGAAGUGGUUUACUGCUUCUUCCUAGGGCUGAGAGUGACUGGCCCAAGAUGACCUAACUAGCUUUAUGCCUAAGGCAAAACUACAGCUCACAGUCUCCUAGUUUCUAGCCUGAUGACUUAACCACCGCACCUGGUUCUUGCUGAUCAAGUGUACUGAUUAGCAUAAAAAUAAAAGCUGAGAACAAUCAAUCUAUGGAAACAUCAAAUCCAGUUCUAUACAUAUAAAAUAAUUUAGAUGUGCUCAGCUGCCUGGUGUAAUUUGACACAUUAAUGGGCUUUUGCACUUUUAUUUUGAACACGUAUUUUCAGUCUGCUAUUUUCUGUAUGGAACAAAGUAUAGAAUUGGAAUCUACAACAGGACAAUGGAAGUCCUCAGGACUCCAGUAGUCAACCACUUCAGAUUUGGUUCAGAGCAUUUCUCCCACCUCUUCAGCUGGCACAGAAGGGAGGUUGGGACUAAAAUACAGGUAGUCCUCGAGUUACGAGUGCAAUGGAGCCUGCCCAUUCCACUCGUAACUCGAAAACUCAUAAAGUGAAUCUUGUACCUUGAACAAGAUCACUCCCUUGCUUGUUAAAAUGCAUGUGGCUCAUUAAGCAAAGAUGAGAUAUCUCAGGGUGGGGAAGGCCAUGGAAGGUCUAGUGAUGGAACAGAUCCCCAAGGCCUCCCUGACCCACUAAGAUACUGCAUGCUUCCCCCUCCCUUCUUGCCGUACUGGACUCACCUGGAAAAGAUCCGUCUCUUCUCUGCCAAGUUCCUGCUGCACCUGGAUCUGAGGCUGGGGGAUGCUUCUGCAGCCCCUGCAGCCCGAUCCAGGCUCUGGAGGCCUUUUCCAGGCCGCUGGAACCCAGAUUUGAGGUCAGGGAACACUUCCACACACCCCCAUGGCCCGAUCAGGCCUGGAAAUUGCCUCCAGAGCCCAGAUCGGGCUAUGGUGGGCACGGAAGUGGGCCAUGGGCGACACAGAAGCGGACCACGGGGGGGCACAGAAGCAUCCCCUGGCCUUAGAUCCGGGCCACAGUGGCAUGGAAAACGCCUCUGGAGCCACAGUCCAGCCUCCAGAGGCAUGUGGGAGCAUCCUCCAGCUUCGGUUCCAUUCUCUGUUGCAGAGGCCUAAAGUACCAUGAGAUCAUGUGAGAUCAGUGGUAUGAGAUCUCGCCCCACUGAUCUCACAUGAUCUUGCGUUACUUUAGGCCUCCAUUCUCUGCAAAUGCACCAAAGGCCUGGAGCAGCCAAGAAAGCAAAGGAUCUCAAUCUUCACAGAGUGAGUAUUAAAGGCCUGGUGCCUCGGGAG